ACUCUUCCAUCGUCACUCCCACCUAACCCUGCAUCUAACUACUUUUUCUUUUCUUCUAAAAUCUAACCCAAUUUUCAAAUAAUUUCAUUUUUGGUUUCUUGCCUCAUUCUUUCGAUCCAAAUGGCUCUAUCGCGAGUUGCUUCGCCAUCGCCAUUGAAUCUGCUGAAACCCCUUUCCUCUUAUUUGUCGCUACGACGACGUUCGUUGUCCUCGUUGUCCACGGAACCUCUCACCGUGGACACUUCGCUUCCCUUCACCGCCCAUCGCUGCGAAGAGCCUUCACGCGCCGUCGAGACCUCGGCGGCGGAGCUCUUCUCGUUCUUCCGUAACAUGGCGCUGAUGCGGCGAAUGGAGAUCGCGGCGGAUUCCCUCUAUAAGGCCAAGCUGAUCCGCGGCUUCUGCCAUCUCUACGAUGGGCAGGAGGCCGUUGCGGUGGGGAUGGAGGCCGCGAUCACGCGCAAGGACUGCAUCAUCACUGCUUACCGUGACCACUGCACCUUCCUGAGCCGCGGCGGAACCCUGAUCGAGGUCUUCGCCGAGCUCAUGGGCCGCCGCGACGGUUGCUCUAAGGGGAAAGGUGGUUCCAUGCACUUUUACAGGAAAGAGGGUGGCUUCUACGGUGGGCAUGGCAUUGUAGGGGCUCAGGUUCCGCUUGGUUGUGGAUUGGCUUUUGCUCAGAAGUAUUCUAAGGAUGAGACUGUUACGUUUUCUUUGUACGGUGAUGGUGCUGCCAAUCAGGGGCAGUUGUUCGAGGCGCUUAACAUUGCUGCGCUUUGGGAUCUUCCUUCUAUUUUUGUCUGCGAGAAUAACCAUUAUGGAAUGGGGACUGCUGAGUGGAGAGCUGCUAAGAGUCCUGCUUAUUACAAGCGUGGGGAUUAUGCUCCUGGAUUGAAGGUAGAUGGCAUGGAUGUUCUUGCUGUGAAACAAGCUUGUAAAUUUGCCAAGGAGUUUGCUUUGAAGAAUGGCCCCAUUAUUCUUGAAAUGGACACAUACAGAUACCAUGGCCACUCCAUGUCUGAUCCUGGUAGCACAUACCGCACACGUGAUGAAAUUUCUGGUGUGAGACAGGAGCGUGAUCCAAUUGAAAGAGUAAGAAAGCUGCUAUUGGUUCAUGAGAUUUCUACUGAAAAGGAGCUAAAGGACAUUGAAAAGGAAGCAAGAAAAGAAGUUGACGAAGUCAUUGCCAAAGCAAAGGAAAGUCAAAUGCCCGAGCCAUCUGAUUUAUUUAAGAACGUAUAUGUUAAAGGUUUAGGUGUUGAGGCUUGGGGCGCUGAUAGGAAAGAACUUAAAGCUACCUUGCCCUGAUGGAAAACCUUUCCUUUGAAUUUAUAUUCCCUAAUUUCAGAUCUGUCAAAAUAAUGAAGACUAAAAGGUUCAGACGAUCAUCCUUGCCUGUUUGCUGAGCUUUCCCCAACCCCAAAUUGUAUAUCAAACUGUGGCGGAAAUUAAUGUUUGCAGUGUAAUAUUAUUGGAGGUUCUAACAAUCAUAGCGUUAUCAAUUGAUUAAUCAUGCAAAUAGUGUCCUGCAAAUUUUGAGGAUUUCGUUGUAUAAAACUUAUAUAAUUGGUGGCAAAAUUGUGCCAUUAUUUUAUAAUUAAGUAUUCACAAGAUUGUGUUCUAUUGAAA